AUGAUCAAGAUCACUGCGUUGUUGCUACUAUCGGCUGUGGCUCAGGCCCAGACGGCGAGUGUGACUUCGUCUGCUCAGUCAUCUGCUAUUACAGGGUGCCAUAAUCAUGGGGACGAUGUGUUUUGUAUCAAUGGGAGCGGAGAGGAGGUGCAAGUCUCUAUGACUGCUACUCCAACGGGUGAGCUGCCGGCACAGUAUACGGGUUGCCAUUCACAUGGAAGCGAACAAUUCUGCAUGGAUGCACAAGGAAACGAGUUUCAGGUUAUUUCAGAAGCAACGACGGAGGAAGAAGGUCACAACCACGAGAGCGAGUCAAGUGAGAGUUCCGGAGGAGAGAACUGCCACUUCCACGCCGGUGUCGAGCACUGCGUUGGGGCAGGAGAAUCUGAAAGCAGCAGCACACCUUCAUGCGGUGUCCAAAACCGGGACUAUGAUGUGCCUCUGCGUAUUGGCACGCUGUUCGUCAUCCUUGUUACUAGCGCGAUUGGCGUGUUUGCUCCGAUGUUGCUGGUCAAACUGCCGUUCAAGACUUUGAACACGAUGGUUUCGACGGGAAUCAAGCAAUUCGGAACCGGUAUCAUCAUUGCUACGGCUUUUGUCCACCUCUACACGCAUGCCAACCUCAUGUUCACAAACGACUGCCUCGGCGAACUCGAAUACGAAGCUACCACCUCCGCUGUCGUCAUGGCAGGAAUCUUCCUCGCCUUCCUCGUCGAAUACAUCGGCCACCGGAUCAUCCUCGCGCGCGGUUCCAAGACCCCAGCUACAACCCCCGAGAACCCCGACCAGAGCCCCACGGAGUCAAAAGAACAACCUAAUACCCAUCAAUGCCAACAAAGUAACGCCCUCGCCGGACUAGGUCAUAGCCACGGCUCGCCCCACGACCCCACGAAACCUACCACCAAGUUCUCCGUACUGGUUAUGGAAGCUGGUGUCCUGUUCCACAGUAUCCUCAUUGGUAUUACCCUGGUUGUCGCUGGCGACUCCUUUUACCGCACGCUCCUCGUCGUGAUUGUCUUCCACCAAUUCUUUGAAGGUCUAGCCCUAGGUGCCCGUAUCGCUCUCCUACCUGGCCGGAUCUUCCCUAGCAAAGCUAUUAUGGCAAGUGCCUUUGCAUUGAUUACGCCUAUUGGAAUGGCUAUUGGAAUCGGUGUGUUGAAUUCGUUCAACGGGAAUGAGAAGAGUACGUUGAUUGCGCUGGGGACGCUGGAUGCAUUGUCCGCGGGAAUUCUUGUCUGGGUUGGUGUUGUGGAUAUGUGGGCGCGAGACUGGGUGAUUGAGGGUGGUGAGCUGGUUGAUGCUGGACUAGGGAGGGUUGCUGUUGGUGGAAUAUCGUUGAUUGCUGGGUUGAUUUUGAUGUCGGUGUUGGGGAAGUGGGCUUAG